UGUGCGUCCGUUGUUAUUGUGUUCAUAUACUAAGCUGAAUAGAGUAUCUAAAGGAACUCACUGUCUAAAGGACCCAGAAACAUAACAAGUGGUGAUGAGGAUCGGAUAAUACUUUUGCUUGACCAUGUCUGCAGAGGUACGGUUUGUAGGUUGAAUUGAAGAGUUCGACAGUAACAAGGAUUACUGGGUUGAAUACAAGGAGCGGCUCGAUCAAUACUUUAAGGCAAUGGUCUUGACAAGGAGAACGAAAACGAACGGAAAGUAGCGGUGUUUCUCACGGUCAUUGGAGGUUCAGCGUAUAAGCUGUUACGAAGCCUAGUGGUGCCAGACUUACCAGCUAGCAAGUCAUAUCAGGAGUUGACGGAAGCCUUGGCAAAGCACUUAGCGCCGAAGCCACUGGCAAUCGCGGAGCGAUUCAAGUUACGUCAACGGAAUCAAAGGGAAGGUGAGUCAAUCUCACAGUAUAUUGCAGAAUUACGACGUUUAGCCGAGCACUUCGAGUUUGAUGACAAGUUGGACGAUCAGCUAUGUGACCAGUUUGUUACUGGAUUGCGGAGUGUAACCGCACAGAAGAAGCUACUCGGAGAAUCGAACCUGACACUGAAAAGAGCUGUCGAGGUGGCCACGUCAAUGGAAGUCGCCGAUAUCCAGGCUCAGCACUUGCGAGGUACUUCCAUUCCAGUCAGAGAUGAGUCGGAAGGAUCUGUUGCAUUUGUGAGAAGGAAACAAGUGACAAAGGCGAAGGGACACACCUCGGCUUGUCAGACGCCAGAGGCGUGUUAUCGUUGUGGCAAGAAAGGACACCUAGCGGAAGCGUGUUGGCACAAGGACAAAGAAUGUCACAAGUGCAAGAAAAUGGGACACAUCGCGUCUUCAUGCAAGAGCAGUGCGAAGAUGAGCAGUAAGCCAAGGAAACUGCCAUCCAAAGCUCAUCAUGUUGAGCAAUCAAGCGAAGCAGCGGAGGAAUUUCAAUUGUUUAUGUUGAGCAGUCAGGCGGCACUACGCGUAUUGAUUACGGUUUCCGUGAAUCACACCCGCUGAGUAUGGAAGUGGACACAGGACCUCAAUUAUCCUGACUACUUACUCAGGAGCCAGAUUGAAGGUUUUGGGUAAGGCAACGGUGUCUGUCAAGUACAAUGGUCAGGGGUGGAGCUUCCACUAAUUGUUGUGGAUGGAGAUGGACC